UCAAAAUUGAAACAACGCGGACAAACGGUUGAAACGCAGCGACACAGCGCGAAAAGAAUUUCAUAAUCAAAAGUUAAUCGAGUGCCGAAUCAAACACUCGAAGCAAACAAAAACACGGCGAGCAAACUCAGUGCCAGCCAAAAGUGCCAAAACAGUGGAAGCCAACGGCUUGAAAAUUACUCAAAACUCAAACGAAAACCCCAACCAAACGGAUUACUCUAACAAAAUGGUCGUCGAGGAGACCUGCACCAUGCAUCUAGAACGCGCCAUGGAUAUCGACAUGGAUCUGGAGCUGGACAUCGAUCUGGCCAUGGAGUGCGCCCCAAUUGGACGCGUCGUCAAAUCGGCCCUUAUGAGGGCCCAGAGCGAGACCCGUGUGAUCGUCGGACUCUCAGCCGCCAUCAACGUGCUCUCCAAGUCCCCGGAGGGAUCCCUCUUCUGCCUGAUGGCCGUGCCCAAGGACGGUGACUCCGCCACCCACAUGCACGAGGUGCUCCUGGAGGCCUUCUGCUACGAGAACGACAUCUACGUGAUCAAGGUGGACGAUGCCACCAAGCUUAGCCGUAUCCUCGGCCAAGACUCCGUUGAGUCGUGCUGCCUCAUCCAGAAGGUCUGGGUUGAUGGUCCCGAGGAGCAGCUGACCAAGGCCGAGAACCAACUGGUCGAUUACUGCGAGGCCCACUGGGACGCCCCCCAGCAUCCCAUUGUCCAGCUGCCGGCUGUGUAAGCGAGUGUGAGCGGGACAGCCACAUGCCACAGAAUUGAACAGGCCCGCACAGUGGGCCACACACGGUUAAAAUCGUAUAAAACUCAUGGAAACCAGUUGCUGGGGGUUGAAUGUCCCCGGACGUCUUGGAGAGUUCCCGAGGGAAUCCGACGUUUCGGGUCGUUACCAAAAGCCCGCCGGGCAUAUACCUACAUAGGAUGUAUAUAGUAUAUCGUAACAUAUAUACCCUAGCCUAACUGUAUCCAGUAAGGAGGAGGAGGAGGAGGAGGAGGAGCAGUGGAGUGGAGUCGAGUGAAGCUGAGAGAUUGAUAAGGCGGUGCCUUGGCGGAUAAUUGCAACUGAAAGGCAACCUUCGAGGCGGCAGAACCUGCAGUUGAGAUACCCGCGGAAGUCACUCACACACACCCAGCAUCACACACACACACACACUGAAGCGCGUGACCAGCUGCCGAGACACACAUACACAAACAUACAUAUAGCCAAUUUGUUUCUGUAUAAUUUUUUCGCUUUAAGCGUCUCGCAAAUUUACUGAUAAUGACAAUUAUUCUGUACGCCGUAAAUUGUAAAUUACACUUAUAAAGGAGAGCAGCCAAUUGCCUGUAUAAAUUAAAGUUUUGUUAUGUUAGCUUUUCCCAAGAAAAACACAAACACACACAAAAAAAGAAAUUGUUAUUU